AUGAAUUUACAGAUAGAGAAAUCAAAGACCGGAAGCAUCGGCCGAGUUAUCGUUUACUCUACUUCUCGCGUGGAGAUAAUGUCAAAAGCACAUAAUAGGAAGAAAACGGGUGAGAAUGCAGGCACUUUGAAGUUUUUGAAUGAACUUGAAUCUAUAAGUAAAGCCCUACAUUCGGAUAAAACACAGCCCAGGGUCACAAUUUCUACUGUUAGUAGUAGAUCGAAAUCUGUGGGAAAAUCACAUUUGCCUGAACCCAAAACAAAGCUGAAAGAUGCUAGCAAAAACUCUAAAGAUUCAUUUGACAAGGAUAAGAAGUCCAUUUGGAGUUGGAAGGGUAUAAAGGCCUUGACCCAUGUCAGAAACCGCAGGUUUAAUUGUCGUUUUUCCGUUCAAGUCCAUUACAUAGAAGGGUUGCCGUCAUUUUUUGAUGAUGUCAGUCUUAUUGUGCAUUGGAAGAGGCGGGAUGGUGGGUUAGUGACACGCCCAGUUAGGGUUCGUGGAGGAACAGUUGAGUUUGAGGAACAGUUAUCUCAUUCGUGCUCUGUCUAUGGUAGUAGGAGUGGUCCCCAUCAUUCAGCAAAGUAUGAGGCAAAGCAUUUCUUAUUGUAUGCCUCUGUAUAUAAUGCUCCCGAGCUCGAUUUAGGUAAGCAUCGGGUUGAUUUAACAAGGUUGCUUCCUCUAACGUUAGAGGAACUGGAGGAGGAGAAGAGCUCAGGGAAAUGGACAACUAGUUUCAGGUUGUCAGGUAAAGCUAGAGGUGGGACUAUUAAUGUUAGUUUUGGUUACGCAGUAAUUGGGAACAACAGCACCGAUUCUAGCAACAACUAUGUUUCCGCCCCUCAGGGCUUGCUGCGGAAUAGGUCAAGUGCAACGAAACUCCUCAGACAAUUUGAUCAAAUGAAUGAACUAAGUAUUCGGCAAACAGGAAGCCUUCCUACAAGGUCUUCUACCUCAAAUCUGUCUACUGAAGAUAUAAAGGAUCUUCAUGAGGUGUUGUCCAUAUCAAGGUCAGAACUGUCUGAUUCGGUGAAUAUACUAUAUCAGAAACUUGAUGAAGAGAUGUCAAAUGCUUCAGUUAAUAAUAAGCCUGAGACUCUUCCUUCUUCUGAAUCUGCUGAGCCUCUUAAAUUAGAUUUAUCUAAACCACCUAAUGCUGAAAAAGGUUGCCCUGAAACUGAAUGCGAAAUUGGUGAAUAUUCUAUCAUAGAACAAGGGAUAGAAGAGUUCACAAAGGAAAAAGUAGAAUCAGAAGACGUUAGGUUGAAGGCUGUUCAAGAUUCUGUAGGAAAGAGUCUUGAGAAAGAGUGCACUAAAGAAUCACUAAUGAAAGAACUGGAGUUGGCAUUGACUUGCACCUCAGAUUUGAUGAAAGAAGGAUUAGAAUCACAAGAUGAAUGUGAUAUUUCAGACAAAGAAACUUAUUCAGAGACUAAGUCGAAAUACAGGAAUCUUGGGAAAGGGAGAUCCCAGAGCUUGGAGGAUAUUACUGAAUCUGUUGCUAAUGAAUUCUUGGACAUGUUGGGGAUAGAUCACAGUCCAUUUGGCUUGAGUUCAGAAAGUGAGACCGAGUCCCCUAGAGAGCGCUUAUUGAGGCAAUUUGAGAAGGAUUGUCUUGCCAGUAGGAGUUCCUUUUUGGACUUUGAUGUCAAAAACGAAAAUGUAGAAUUUGUUACUGAUGCUCCAACAGCUACUGGGUGGGAAACCAUCUCCGAUGACUUUCAUAACUCAGUAGUGGCACAGGACUAUGACGAGAGGCCUAAGAUAGAAACUGAGGCAAUGAGGACUAAAAUAAGGGCCUCAAUGUUGGAGGACUUGGAGACUGAAUCUUUAAUGCGUGAGUGGGGCUUAAAUGAGAGGGCUUUUCAACAUUCGCCACCUAGCAGCUCAGGUGGGUUUGGGAGUCCAAUUGAUGUACUUCACCAGAAUCCUCAGCAGCUGCCUCCUCUUGCAGAAGGUUUGGGUCCUUUUGUUCAGACAAAAAAAGGAGGGUUUUUGCGCUCAAUGAAUCCUGUGCUUUUCAAGAACGCAAAAAACAGUGGGAGCUUAAUUAUGCAGGCAUCAAGUCCAGUGGUGGUGCCUGCUGAGAUGGGUUCUAGUAUAAUGGACAUACUUCAGGGUCUGGCCUCUGUCGGCAUUGAAAAGCUCUCAAUGCAGGCAAAUAGGUUGAUGCCCCUGGAAGAUAUAACUGGGAAAACAAUGCAACAAAUAGCAUGGGAAGCUGCACCCAGUCUUGAGGGACCCGAGAGGCAAGGUUUCUUGCAGCAUGAAUAUGAAAUUAUGCAAAACGUGUCUGGUGAGCCAAAGACAGUAAAAGAAACAACCUUUUGUGCCAGGUCAAGUAAGUUCGAAUCAAAUUCACUUGGUAGUGAUGCUGAAUAUGUAUCGUUAGAAGAUCUUGCUCCUUUAGCUAUGGAUAAAAUUGAAGCCCUUUCAAUUGAGGGUUUGAGAAUACAAUCUGGCAUGUCAGACGAGGAUGCACCUUCAAACAUCAGCCCUCAAAACAUCGGUGAAUUUUCAGCCCUCAAGGGAAAUACAGUCGAUAUCAGUGGCUCCAUAGGUCUCGAUGGCACUGGUGGACUGCAACUUCUAGACGUUAAAGACAAUGGUGAAGAUAUCGAUGGAUUGAUGGGUUUGUCUCUAACACUUGAUGAAUGGAUGAAGCUGGAUUCUGGUGAAAUCGAUGAUGAAGAUCUCAUCAGUGAGCGAACUUCUAAAAUACUGGCAGCCCAUCAUGCUACCUCCUUAGAAUUGUUUCGCGGAAGAUCUAAGGGGGAGAAGAGACGGGGAAAGAGUAGAAAGUGUGGUUUGUUGGGUAACAAUUUCACUGUCGCACUAAUGGUACAAUUGCGUGAUCCUUUAAGGAACUAUGAGCCAGUUGGUACCCCAAUGCUAGCUCUUAUUCAAGUCGAGAGAGUGUUUGUUGCACCAAAACCUAAAAUCUACAGCACAGUUCCUAAAUUAAGAAACUGCAAUGAUGAUGAAGAAGGAGGGCACAAGGCUGCUAAAAAGGAAGACAUAACUGACGAGCCAAAAGAAGACAAAAUCCUUGAAGAAGAACUCAUUCCUCAAUACAAAGUCACUGAGGUGCAUGUUGCAGGUCUGAAGACUGAGCCGGGGAAAAAGAAGUUAUGGGGUUCGUCUAAUCAACAGUCUGGGUCCCGCUGGUUACUCGCAAAUGGAAUGGGGAAGAAGAAUAAGCAUCCCUUGAUGAAGUCAAAGGCUGUCGCGAAAUCUUCUGCGCCAGCUUCUUCUUCCCCAGUGACAACUACAGUGAAUCCUGGCGAAACCUUAUGGAGCAUCUCGUCUCGUGUUCAUGGAACUGGGGCUAAAUGGAAAGAACUCGCUGCCCUUAAUCCUCAUAUUCGAAAUCCGAACGUUAUCUUCCCCAAUGAAACCAUCAGAUUGCGCUAG